UUGAUCAUUGAUGAUGUUUUACUGAAAUUUUUAUUACAUAUCGUUUCAGCAUCAGUUUUUCUAUUAUAAAGUUAAAACUUAUUUAUACUGAAAGUUGAAUAUAAGAAUACAAAUCUGGAGUUAACCAUAUAGGUGGGUGAACACAAUCUCUAUAGAAGCAUCAUUUAGAUGGUUGUUUUUAGGCUUAAAUUAUGAGCAACAUUAUUGUAAACACAACGAACAAAAGAAAAAGAGGCAGAACGAAAUAUGAUUGUCCAGAGAUGUAUGCCAUUUAGCAAAUGAAUAUUAAACACUUAUUUGCUUAAUCUCUGAAGAGCGUAGACAAUCUCUGAGAAUCCCCUUCAAAUAGAACUUGUCGAUAACCCAAGAGAAACAUUUGUGUAUAGCACAUCUGCACAUAACAUAAGAGUGCUUGAUACAAUACCCGGUAAAUUCAUUAAAAUCCUUUUAACAAACUCAGACAAGUUUAGUUGGGCCAAAGGGAGACUUAGCGGGCUUAAAAUAAUAAAUGGGCUUCUCGACGUUCAUCUGAUCGUCAGACUUCGCCAACGCCUCCUCCUUUAGGGUUCUUCCUCAAAUGCAGCAAAAACCUUACAUCUGAUAGAAAAGAAGAGCUUCGUUCGCUAAAAAGAUGAGUUUGAUCCUCAGAUUCAGACAACACUUAUCAACAAGGUUAUCACAAACCUCCAGAUCACCACUCGCUUCUCUUCUCAACGGUCGCCGGAGUUUCGGACAACCGGCGAGAAAACAAGAUGAAGAGGAAGAAGAAGAAAUAGAUCAGAGGAAGCUCCCAACCGACUACGACGCCGCGACAUUCGAUCCGACAGAACACCGAAGUCCGCCAACGGACCGCGUGUUCCGCCUCGUCGACGAGAUCUCGUCUCUAACGCUAUCGGAAAUCUCAGAGCUCGGCGCGAUUAUACUGAAGAAGAGAGGGAUCACGGAGACACCAACCGUCGCCGUUAUGAAGCCCGGAGCUGUCGCUGCCGGCGGGAUCGCUCAGGGCGGAGGCGGUGGCGGAGCGAGUGAAGAAGCGAAAGUGGAGAAGACAGUGUUUGAGAUAAAGCUUGAGGGUUUUGAAGCGUCUGGGAAGAUCAAGAUUAUUAAGGAGGUGAGGAGCUUUACUGAUCUGGGACUUAAGGAAGCGAAGGAGUUGGUGGAGAAGACUCCUUCGGUUUUGAAAGCUGGUGUUUCUAAAGAGGAAGGUGAGAAGAUUGUUGACAAGCUUAAGGCUCUUGGUGCUAAAGUUGUUCUUGAGUGAGUUUCUUGAUCUUCGAUUUUCUUUUUCUUUGGUUCCAUUUUAAUAGGAGCUAAUAAUGUAAUAGAUUUACACUUAAGCAGCUUUGUCUCAUUGCUAUAAUUGGUGGAAGUACAUCAAUGUUUGGGAACUGUUGUGUUCUAGUUUUAGUCUUGUUUUUUUAUGGCUUUGGUCUUGACUCAUA